AUGUACAGCACAGGUAUUGUUGGUUCCAAACUGGCUGCUCUGCUGCGUGUCCUUGGCAAACCCAGGCUGGGACAGCACUGUGUCCUCAGUGUUUGUAACCUGGUGCCAGACAGCACCUUCACCAGGACCUGGCUCGGGACCAACAAAUUUGGAGGAGAAGCGAAGGAGCAUCUCAGCGUGCCCGACUCCAACAGCGUGUUUGUGGUGCAGCGUUCAGUUUGGCUUUGUGRAGAUUGCGUGCAGCACUUGGAAACACCAUCUGGUCCCGCCGCUUCCCAGAGGGAGCUGCCCGACGGCGGGGCCCGCCCGAACGCCGCGCAGUUCAAGCAGCUCGUGGUGACAGCGCUSAGGGAGCUGCACGGAGAGGUUGGAGCAGCUUUGCCUGUUGAUGUUUUAACAUAUGAAGAAAAAACUCUGUCUGCCAUAUUAAGAGUUAUUAGCAGUGGCCUUGUCAAGCUGUGGAGUGCUCUAACCUUGCUGGGCUUCUAUCAGAACAGGAGAUGUGCCUUCCAUGUGCUGCAGGUAAAACCCUGAGGGGCUGGGUGCCUUCCCCCAGGUGUCAGCUCUGGCUCUAAGCUUGGCUGGCUGCCUGAGCCUGCUGCCUUUUCAUAGAAAGAUGGCCUAGAUGCAAAAAUGCCUUGGUUUGGGAAUGAAGAGCCUUCCAGUGCAGGUGUAUGGGCCUGCGUUUGAGCAGUUCUCAUCUUAAAAUGAACCUUGUACAAUGAGUAGUGGCUGUCUCAUUACUUUAUGGUUUCAGUSUAAUGACAAGUCCUAAUGUCAUUAUUACAUCUGCAAGAAAGUAAUUUCUGGCAAGUGUUGUUCAUGACCCACAUUUUGGUCCAAUUUUUAUUUUCUCUACUCCACUUCUUACCUUUUUAGUGGUCACUGUCAACUGACGUUUUUUAACAAUGUGUGUAUGAACAUGCACUUCCAUAGCUUAUUUUUUUCCAGAUGAUGCUGCUUAAUAAAAUGAGUUCUGAGAAUUCUUUGUUUCUCAAGCCAUGGCUAGACAAAAAUCUUCUUGGGUAUAGCUCUGUGUUUUUAAUCUUUCAGAU